AUGAAUAAAAUUGAGAAAAAAAAAACAAGUAAACGUGGUAAAAGUCGUAGAAAUAGAACUCACCAUCUACAAAAUCAGCUAGUAUUCACUGUUAAGGAGAACCCAUUCUAUCCUCCAUUGCUUUUACCACAAUCUCUUCCAACAAAAGAAGAGAUAAAAAAUUUUGUUGAAAAAUUAAUUUCGAAACCCAAGCUGGGAAGGUUUCCAAAUUCUUUUAUCAUAUAUCGUAAUGUGUAUGUUAAAUAUUUGAAAGAUAAUGGCCACAAGAUUCCCAUGACCGAACUUUCACCAAUGCUCUCACGUUCAUGGUAUAUGGAACCGUCUUGCGUAAAGGAAGCCUACUCGGAAAUCUCAAAAGAAAUUGAACGGCAAUAUAAUCGAAUAACUAAAAAGAAUCAUCCUCCAAAAAACCAACCAACUUUGAAUGAAUCAUUCCCAGAGACACCUCAAGCUCCUACGGUGGAACCCGAUUUUCAUAAUGAACUCUUUCUAUCUUCUUUUUCAGAACCAAUUAUCUCCUGGUCUCCUGUUGAAUAUAUUGAUGUUUCACCUAACCAAUUUAUUCACUCGUCCGACACAUACGGUUUUCCACCUUUAUUUCCUGUAAACAACGGUUUGUUUUCUGAUAUUACUUCUGAAAUUCCUUACGACGGCUGUUUAACGUCGUCUCCAAGUAUUGAAGUUGAUUUAAGUUGUCAUUUUAAUAUCAAUCACGUGAUAUGA